AUGUCCUUCACCGUCAACAAGAAUACAAAGUUAGCUGACCUUAUACAUUAUCGUCUUAAGGUCACCACAAUCGACGGUAGGUCGUUUGUGGGCCAGCUUCUAGCGUUUGACAAACACAUGAACCUCGUUUUGGGGGACACUGAAGAAGCCAGAGUCACCAAGAAGCUGUACCAGGAGCUAGCCAAGAAUAAGGUCGAUGGCCAGGUAAAGGUGAAUGAAGAGAAGAGGUUCCUAGGACUUAUAGUUUUGAGAGGUGAGCAGGUUGUGGGUUUUACUAUCCAGACGGGACCUACAGCAGACAUGAAGAAAAGGUUCAACCAGCUCAAACAGGGCAAGGGUGUGUCUAGGCCCUUGAAAGUUCCAGUCAGUCAGAAACCUAAGCUUCAAGGUCCAGCAAAGAAGUAA